UAUAUGUAUUAUCUAUGUUCAGCGUUGUAUUGCGGAUGUGUAUCUUGGACGAAUUAUAUUAAAAAUUAUAACAAUAAAUGAUCUAUUAUUUGCAGUAUUGCGAGAAAUGGUUACUAACGCUUUUGAACGAUGAAGAAAGAACGAACGGGCGACAAUUGUCGUCCAUUUAAACUAGCUCAUCAAAUUUUGAGUUUAACUGGAAUAAGUUUUGAGCGGAAGAGUGUUAUUGGGUUUGUUGAACUUACCAUCGUACCAUUAAAAGACAACCUACGCUACAUUCGGCUUAAUGCGAAGCAAUGUCGUAUUUACAGAGUGUGUCUCAAUGACCAAUAUGAGGCCAACUUCCAAUAUUUUGACCCCUUUUUGGAUAUCUGUCAAGCUGAUCCAAACACGAGAUCUUUGGAAGUGUUCUCCCAGUUCCAUUUGGCAGCUGCCCAAAAGAUAGAUCCUGAUCACAAUUCGGGAGAGCUUCAUGUCCAAAUUCCAGAGGAAGCGGCUCACUUGGUGGGGGAGGGGAGGGGGCUACGGAUCGGUAUUGAAUUCUCUCUGGAGUCUCCUCAGGGAGGGAUGCACUUUGUGGUCCCAGAAGGGGAAGGGACUUUAGUUGAGAAAUCAGCUCACAUGUUCACAUAUGGACAUUCAGCAAGGCUAUGGUUUCCUUGCGUUGACAGCUUUGCGGAGCCCUGUACCUGGAAGCUGGAGUUUACGGUUGAUGAAAGUCUGACCGCGGUAUCAUGCGGGGAGUUGGUAGAUGUUGUGUACACCCCUGAUCACCGCAGAAAGACUUUUCAUUACUUGGUCAAUACUCCAGCUUGCGCCCCUAAUAUUGCGUUAUCUAUUGGACCUUUUGAAACAUAUGUCGACCCUUUCAUGAAUGAAGUGACGCACUACUGCCUCCCCAACCUGCUGCAGAUAUUGAAGAACACAGUGCGAUAUCUUCAUGAGGCAUUUGAAUUUUAUGAGGAAACCCUGUCAACCAGAUAUCCUUAUCCAUGUUAUAAGCAAGUUUUUGUUGAUGAGACAGAAGAUGACGCCACAGCAUACACGACAAUGUCAAUACUUAGCACGCACCUCCUGCAUUCGAUAGCUAUCAUCGACCAGACCUAUAUAAGCCGGAAAGCGAUGGCCCAAGCAGUAGCCGAGCAGUUCUUCGGCUGCUUCAUAACAAUGCAGAAUUGGUCAGACUUGUGGCUUGCUAAGGGAAUACCUGACUACCUCUGUGGCUUGUAUUCUAAGAAGUGUUUCGGUAAUAACGAGUACCGGUAUAUUAUACAUCAGGAGUUGCAAGAGGUGGUUGGAUACGAAGAGCAAUAUGGUGGUAUAGUCUUAGAUCCAUGGCAGCCGCCCGCCAGCGGCGCAAGAGUAGAACCCAAAGAUGUAUUUUAUUUCCCUGUGAGGAACGUGCAUACAAUGUCGCCCAGAUACAUAGAGGUUAUGCGCAAAAAAUCUCACCUAGUAUUAAGAAUGUUGGAGCAGCGUAUUGGGCAAGAGCUAUUACUCCAAGUGUUCAACAAACAACUGUCAUUGGCCACCAAUGCCGCCAACACUAAGAUUGGAAGCGGACUGUGGGGCCACCUGCUGUUGUCAACCAACCUCUUUGUGAAGGCUAUAUUCACGGUGACUGGCAAAGACAUGGCCGUGUUCGUCGAUCAGUGGGUACGCACUGGUGGGCACGCUAAGUUUCAACUCACCUCCGUGUUCAAUCGCAAAAGAAACACAGUAGAACUAGAAAUCCGUCAAGACUGUGUCCAUGAGCGCGGCAUACGUAAAUACGUGGGUCCUCUACUGGUCCAGCUUCAGGAGUUGGACGGGACCUUCAAGCACAUGCUGCAGAUAGAGAACACGGUCGUGAAGGCGGACAUCACGUGCCACAGCAAGAGCAGAAGGAACAAGAAGAAGAAGAUACCCCUCUGUACCGGGGAGGAGGUUGAUAUGGAUCUUACGGCUAUGGACGAUUCGCCCGUCUUAUGGAUCCGCCUGGACCCCGAGAUGUCUCUCUUACGGAGCACAGUGAUAUCCCAGCCUGACUACCAGUGGCAGUUCCAACUACGUCAUGAGCGUGACGUCACGGCCCAGAGUGAAGCCAUCGACGCCUUACAUAACUACCCAGAGCCUGCCACUAGGAAGGCAUUGACAGAUGUUAUAGAGAACGAGCAAACGUAUUAUAAGAUAAGGUGCAGAGCUGCACAUUGCUUGACUAAGGUGGCUAACGCAAUGAUAAGUUCGUGGGCGGGCCCGCCUGCCAUGUUGACGAUAUUCCGUAAAAUGUUCGGAUCGUUCGCGGCGCCACACAUUAUCAAACAGAACAAUUUCGACAACCUACAGCAUUACUUCCUUCAGAAAACUAUUCCUGUUUCUAUGGCCGGUUUAAGAAAUAUCCACGGUAUAUGUCCACCAGAAGUGGUCAGGUUUCUAUUAGACCUGUUUAAAUAUAACGACAACUCAAAGAACCACUUUUCUGACAACUACUACAAGGCGGCGCUCGUAGAUGCUCUAGCUGCUACCAUCACGCCCGUCAUCUCAGUUUUGCAACCAGGUGCACCAAUAACAGCUGAAUCAUUAUCAGCUGACACGAGACUAGUAUUAGAGGAGAUCACUCGCGUAUUGAACUUGGAGAAAGUGCUUCCUUGUUACAAAAAUACGGUCACAGUCAGCUGUUUGAGAGCUAUACGCCGUUUGCAACAGUGUGGACAUUUGCCGAGUAUACCUACUGUGUUCAGAGCCUAUGCGCAGUAUGGACAGUAUAUUGAUGUGCGACUGGCAGCUUUCGAGUGUCUAGUAGAUUUUGUCCGCGUGGACGGGAAGCCAGAAGACCUAUCUUCAUUACUUACAGCAGUGGAAGGUGACGCAGAUCCCUGCGUAAGACACGGAUUAGCAAGAUUGUUAGUGAACAUGCCGCCUUUCGAACGAGCCCAGCGUCAUAGAUUGGAUACGGAAGCCGUCGUGCAUCGAUUAUGGAAUAACAUAAACAGCCUGUUAUCAAACGACGCCAGACUUCGCUGUGAUCUCGUAGACUUAUACUACACUUUAUACGGUCUUAAGAGACCCAUCUGUGUACCCCUACCUGAGAUCCAAGCGAUGAUGAAACAGAUGCACCAUAAGGAAAGGGAGAGAGUCGAGAGGGAGCGAGAGAGGGAAAAGGAGAAGGAAAGAGAAAGGGAGAGGCUAAAGGAGUUAGAGGCUAAACCGGUCAUUAAGCAAGAGGUUUUGGAUAUUAAAUAUGAACAAGACACGCCAAUAGAUGCCGCUCUCCCAAUGCCUUUGGACCGGAUGACUGAGAUACCCCUAGAUGACAUGCUGCCCGUACCGCUGUCCAGUAUAAAGGAGGAAGACGUAAAGAUUGACGUCACAACUGUGCCUGGGGAGUUGCCGAUCAGGGUAUAUAGCGAUGACAACAAACGCGAGUUCCUGACAGACAACGCGGUAGCUCUGCCGGGUAUCCCCGGCUCGUCCGGCCCCAUCGGCUUCGAGCCCGGAAUGUUCCGACACGACAAGGACGAUAUGGGGGCACCUAAGGCCAAGAAAAAGAAGAAAGACAAGAAGAAGCACAAGCAUAAACACAAGCACAAACACAGCAGUAAGGAGAAGUCUAAGGAACACAAAGAAAAGGACCGGUCUCUACCACCCCGGCCUCCCUCAAGUACAGAACAUUUGAAAAUCAAAGAGGAAACGCGGGAAACUUUAAGCUCAUUCAGUUCAAGUCAGAGUCCAUCCGAGGAUAUCUCUUCGAUGCCUAGCAAUAUGAGUUUUUAGAAUUUUAUUGAAUACCACAGAUUACUAAACAAAUGGAAUGAACAAAAUAAGGACUUUGAUGUACAAUUUUAUGCAGCCAAAUCUUACUGUAUGAAGAUUGGAUGAAUCAUUCAGUCCUUUUUCUAAAGAUAUCUCGAGAAUGCUUCGGAAUGAGUUUUUAAUCUAUCGUUAAUAAACAUUGCCGAUCAAGUGAAUGGUGCAAAGUAGAACAAUCGAAAUUUGUUUAUAAACUUAUUAAGUUUAAGGAUACCAAGACUCUGAAUCAAUUCCGCUCAAUUUUUUUUUUAAUUUGUCUAUUUCAAAUAAUUAUUCAAAAUAGGAUUUCAAAUCGUAAAACGCUCAUUAUGAAUUCUCCUUCUGACGUAUAAAUCGACACUCCAUUUAUUUACUACUCCGUGUCUACAAAUAAAUAAACGUAAUAUCAAUGAAUGACGUCUAACCGCAAACUAUAAAUAUUCGACCUUUACUUUUAACUUAAUGGUAUCGUAUGGACAAUUUUAGAACCUGUCACACAGGUGCAAUGUUUUACAAGACAUUGCGUAAUAUCGAUAUUUCAUAAUGUUUUGAUAGAGGACAUAAUAUGUUAUAUUUAAAACAUUUCUUGCGUCAUUUGAACCUGUUCAACUUUGGACCUAUCCCUAAUUGGACUCAUAAACAUUAUCCUAUUAAUUAUCUGUUCUAAUUAUAACAGCCAAAUUGCUAUAAAUUUAUUUUUAAUUUUUACUUUUCGGUAUGGUUUCAUCAUUCAUGAACAUCGUCAAAGUCAGUAUAAAUUUAAAAUAGCCUUAAUGUCGUAGGCAAAGUUAUUAACGACAUAAUUAUGAUUAUGGUUGUAAUUGUUUUUGUUAAUAGUACUUAGAGGUAAUAAAAUAAUUUCUUCUCCAUACCUUAAUAUCAAGAUUUCUUUUGAUGACUUAUUAUCAUAAAAAUGACGGUAAUAUUAAUCCGUAAAUCAACUUCUGACCUAAUAUUUGCCUAUGUUCAAUCUCAAAUGUGAUAAGAUGGUUAAAUUUUCUAUUACUUGAAAACUUGUGAGAUGUUUGAAAAUGAGGUAUUCUGUAUUUGGGAUCUAUUGCAGUGUAACUGAAAUGUAGGACUAAGAAUAAUAAUAUAAGUGAAAAAUGAAGAUUGCAAGUUAAAUAAAGAUUUUAUUAUUAUGUA